GAAAUCGAUAUCUCUCCUUUCAACAACAGCCGGGUUUUUGUGCACGCAUCUAUAUGUUGGUCUCUUCUGCUCGAUGUGAAAUUUUCGUCGCACAAAUUAGUUUCUUUUAUAGAAAAUCAAAAAUAUAAUAAACGAUAUCAAUAAAUUUUUUUUUUUUUUGAAACUUUCGAUUUACGAACGAAAAUAAUUGACGCGUGAUUGUUUAUUUUUAAUGAAAAAAAAAAAUAUAUGUGCUAGUUCCUUAUCGUAUGUAUAUUUUUAUAAAUCGUAAUGAAUCUUUCGCGAUUAAAGACGUGUCGUUAAAAUAAUUAUAUGUAUUGAAGAAAUGGAAACCAGCUGUUUAGUGAAAUAAUAAAAUAUGUUUAGUGCAUUUGUGAAACAUUAUUUCCAUCAUCAUCAUCAUCAAAAUGCAAAGAAGAUUGAACGAAAUGCCAUUGAGAAUCAAUUCCGAGGAGCAAGUGUUCGAAAUGGACGAGGAGACUGAUUAUCUUUUGCAAACUUCCGAAACUAAUAUUCGUUUAAUGACAGCGAGAAAUCGUCGAUAUUCCAAUUGUUUCAAUUCAAUGCGUCGUUUAUUUUGUGGGUGUUGCUCGUGGAUGUGGCGAAGAUGUUGCCGCGAACGGGAACUUCGGGCCAGAACGAUACACAUUGGCCAACCGAUUCACCACAAAUUUCCCACGAACGUUAUUCGAAACCAGAAAUACAACAUUAUUACAUUUCUUCCAAUGGUACUAUAUCAACAAUUCAAGUUUUUCUUGAAUUUAUUCUUCCUGAUAAUGGCGUUAUCUCAAUUUAUACCAGACAUAAGAAUAGGAUAUUUGUACACUUAUUGGGGACCUUUGGGUUUCGUUUUAAUGGUAACAGUCUGCAGAGAAGCUGUGGACGAUUUUCGAAGAUAUAAACGAGACAAAGAAGUCAAUAAUCAAAAAUAUUAUAGACUCGUUAAAGGUUUCAAUACUCCGGAAUUAGUGCCCAGUUCAAAACUGCGGGUUGGCGAUUUGGUGAUUGUUGAAAAAGGACAACGAGUGCCUGCCGAUCUUGUUUUGUUGCGUACGACUGAAAAAUCAGGUGCUUGUUUCGUAAGAACUGAUCAAUUGGAUGGAGAGACAGAUUGGAAAUUGCGAUUAGCAAUUCCAGCGACACAAAAACUCGAAAACGAUUUACAAUUGUUCGAUAUUAAAGCGAGCUUGUUCGUUGAAAAGCCGCAAAAAGACAUUCACAGUUUCAUUGGAACGUUUACAUUAAUUACUGGACAAUACGAUGGAUUUAGUAGCGAAGAAAGUUUGGGAGUGGACAAUACUUUGUGGGCGAAUACGGCGAUUGCUUCAGGAUCGGCGCUUGGAGUUGUUGUUUAUACCGGUCAAGAAACGAGAUCGUUAAUGAAUCACUCAGCUCCGAGAUCGAAAAUUGGCUUAUUAGAUCAGGAAAUUAACCAAUUAACAAAGGUUUUAUUUUGCGCCAUGAUUGGUCUUGCAUUAGUGAUGAUGAUUUUAAAAGGAUUCAGUGGGCCUUGGUAUCGAUAUAUGUAUCGUUUUGUCCUAUUAUUUUCAUAUAUAAUUCCCAUUAGUUUACGUGUUAAUCUCGAUAUGGGAAAAACAUUUUAUGCCUGGUGCAUACAACGUGAUAAAGAAAUUGCCGGCACUGUUGCAAGAACAACAACAAUAUCUGAAGAAUUGGGAAGAAUUUCAUAUUUAUUGAGCGAUAAAACUGGUACAUUGACACAAAAUAAAAUGGUCUUUAAGAAACUUCAUCUUGGAACAAUUUCCUAUGGUCAGGAGACAUUUGAUGAAAUCACAUCUGUUUUGAAGAGUUAUUAUACAUUAUUGGAAUCGGGAAGUUUACCUGGUAAUGCAUAUCCAAAUGUAUGUAUGUAUCCAAAUGUAAUACAAAAUCAUUCGGGAAAAGUGAGAAGAUCAGAGAAUACAAGAAUUUUGGACGCUGUUAAGGCUUUGGCACUUUGUCAUAAUGUCACUCCAGUUUAUGAUGACAAUAGCAGUAAUAAUUUGGAUUCGGAAAGUGUUGAGACUGUCGAGACGGUAGAUACAAAUUCAAUUGAGAGUUUACCUUUAAAAAUCCGAUAUGAUUUCCGUUUCCAACAAAAUUCAAUUCAUCAAACAGAGGCAGAUCAACAUUAUUAUCCAUCGGAGCAAACACGAAAUUAUCAAGCUUCAAGUCCAGAUGAAGUUGCCUUAGUUAAAUGGACUGAGGAAGUUGGUUUGGCACUUAUUAAACGUGAUUUAAAUUCAAUGCAAUUAAAAACGCCAUGUGGAAAAAUUCUCAAUUAUAAUAUAUUGCAAAUUUUUCCAUUUACCUCGGAAACAAAAAGAAUGGGAAUUAUUGUUAGAGAGGAAACAACUGGCGAGAUAACAUUUUAUUUGAAGGGUGCCGAUAUUGUAAUGUCGGGAAUUGUUCAAUAUAAUGAUUGGCUUGAUGAAGAAUGUGGAAAUAUGGCUCGUGAAGGUUUACGAACUUUGGUUGUUGCCAAGAAACAUUUGACUGAAGAACAAUAUUUAGAUUUUGAAGCCAGGUAUAAUGCAGCAAGAUUGUGUGUUAGUAAUCGAGUGUCAAGAGUUGCAGCAGUUGUCGAAAGCCUUGAAAGAGAAAUGGAACUUUUGUGUCUUACUGGAGUUGAAGAUAAAUUACAAGACAGAGUCAGAUCAACGUUAGAAUUAUUAAGAAAUGCGGGAAUAAAGAUAUGGAUGUUGACGGGAGAUAAAAUGGAAACCGCGACUUGUAUUGCAAAAUCAUCUCGUCUUGUUUCUCGAACACAAAGUCUUCAUAUUUUCAAAUCCGUGGUGACAAGAACCGACGCACAUUUAGAGUUAAAUACAUUUCGAAAGAAACAAGACUGUGCAUUGAUUAUCAGCGGCGAAUCAUUGGAAGUAUGUUUGCAGUAUUAUGAACUUGAAUUUUUGGAAUUGGCAUGUAGUGCACCGGCUGUUGUUUGUUGUCGUUGUUCGCCAACUCAAAAGGCCGAUGUUGUCAGUCUUAUUCAAAGGCAUACGGGCAAAAGAACAGCGGCAAUUGGCGAUGGAGGAAAUGACGUGUCGAUGAUCCAAGCCGCCGAUGCUGGCAUCGGACUGGAAGGUCUUGAGGGAAGACAAGCGUCACUAGCCGCUGAUUUUUCAAUUCCCCAGUUUUGUAAUUUAGCAAAUCUAUUACUGGUCCAUGGAAGACGCAGUUAUAAAAGGUCUGCUGCACUUAGUCAAUUUGUUAUUCAUCGGGGACUAAUUAUUUCAACGAUGCAAGCAAUAUUCUCAGCGGUCUUUUAUUUUGCAUCAAUUUCUCUUUAUCAGGGAUCUUUAAUGGUUGGAUAUGGAACUUUAUAUACAAUGUUUCCUGUAUUCUCGUUGGUUCUCGAUAAAGAUGUAUCAGGAAAAAUUGCUCUUACUUAUCCAGAACUUUAUAAAGAAUUAAGCAAAGGUCGUUCUCUAUCCUACAAAACGUUCUUCAUGUGGGUUUUAAUUAGUAUAUAUCAAGGUGGAGUUAUAAUGUACGGAGCGCUAAUAAUGUUCGAAGAUGAAUUCAUUCACAUUGUGGCUAUUAGUUUUACUGCCUUGGUCCUUACAGAAUUAAUAAUGGUUGCACUGACAAUCAGAACGUGGCAUCAUCUUAUGAUUAUUGCCGAAGUAUUCUCUCUCACGUUGUAUCUUUUGUCUUUGGUUGUUCUUAAAGAUUAUUUCGAUGCUGAAUUUAUAAGAACUGAAGAUUUUCUAUGGAAAGUAUUGGUGAUAACGUUAAUUUCAUGUUUACCAUUGUAUAUACUCAAAUUUUUAAGGAAGAAAUUUUCUCCGCCAAGUUAUACAAAAUUAUCGUAAUUCAAUUAUAUUAAACGUGAAGAAACUUCCAAAAAAAAAGAAAAAUUUUGUAAUUAACAAAACUGAGA